AUGCGAUGAAUCCAGAAAGUUUAAGAUAUGCAGCAUCAGCAUUAAACACAAUGGUGAUGCAAGCAAGUAUUAAAAGACCACCACCAUCUCAUGUUACAAGUGAGCGUUCAUUAAGUGGGUAUGUUCAAAUUGCAGGUCAUUCUUUUCAUACUUGA